AUGCUUGCAAUUUCGAGGCCUUGCCUUAAGCUGCUGACGAGAUCUCAUGCAAGGCCAGUAAUAUCACGUACGCUGGCGGUACGUCCAUUACUAGUAAGAAACUUUCAUCCCGCUAGUACUUUACUAUUGAGGAAGAAUAGUCCCAGAAAUAAUAAGAAUAACUCCGGUGAUAAGGACCAGGAUAAUAAUAGACAUGAAGAUGCCACAGAUGAAGACCUAGAGAGAGUAAGGCAAGAAGUGGAAAAAUACAUUAACAGUGUCAAAGAUAACAAGAACGUUUCUUUGGAAGAACGCAGGAAAAGGAUAGAUGAAGGUGUAAGACGAUUAGAAGAGACUAUCACUAGGCAGGAAGCAAGAGAUCAAGCUUCUCAAACUUACGAAACAGAGGGAGAAGAGGACAGAAAGGUCAAAAAUGGAAAUCCAUUUACUUUUGAAUCAAAAAAGACUGACGAAGCUCACGAGAAGACGAACAAGAAGAAAGAUAACGAGGAACGUAAAAAUGAAGAAAUGAAUGCAUUUAAUGAUCCUAAUGGUUCUAUGUCCAAUAACAUUGGUCUUUUCCAAUUGGGGUUGGUGUUUUUGAUAUUAUCCUUCGUUUUGAGUUUCUUUAAUGAUGUAGAGGAGAAUAGAGAAAUAACGUGGCAAGACUUCCAUUCCAAACUUCUAUCUAAAGGUUUUGUAUCCAAACUGAUAGUGAUUAACAAAUCAUACGUUAAAGUGUUACUGAAUGAUGCGGGGAAGAAUCAAGCAGAGCACAAUGGGCAUGAUUACUAUCACUUUACUUUGGGAUCUGUCGAUAGUUUUGAGCACAAGUUGCAAAAAGCUCAGGAUGAUUUAAAAAUUGAGCAAGAUUUCCGCGUGCCUGUCGUCUACGUACAAGAAGGAAACUGGUCCCGUGCCAUGAUGCAACUCCUGCCGACCGCUCUGAUGAUUGCCGGUAUCAUAUGGUUAACCCGUAAAUCUGCAUCUGCCGCUGGUGGAGGUCGUGGUGGUAUCUUUGGUAUGGGUCGUUCCAAAGCCAAACAAUUCAACACUGAAACUGAUGUCAAAGUCAAAUUUAAGGACGUAGCAGGUUGUGAUGAAGCCAAAGAAGAAAUUGAGGAGUUUGUGAGCUUUUUGAAAGAACCUUCUAGGUAUGAGAAGAUGGGGGCUAAAAUCCCAAGGGGUGCUAUUCUAUCAGGUGCACCAGGUACUGGUAAGACAUUAUUGGCUAAGGCAACUGCUGGUGAAGCUGGUGUUCCCUUCUAUUUCGUUUCUGGUUCUGAAUUUGUGGAAAUGUUUGUUGGUGUUGGUGCCUCAAGAGUUAGGGACCUUUUCAAGACUGCUAGGGAGAAUGCGCCAUCCAUGAUCUUCGUUGAUGAAAUUGAUGCCAUCGGUAAAGCUAGACAGAAGGGUAAUUUUUCAGGUGCUAAUGACGAAAGAGAAAACACUUUAAACCAAUUGCUUGUGGAGAUGGAUGGUUUCACACCAGCAGAUCAUGUAGUUGUUCUUGCUGGUACUAACAGACCUGAUAUACUGGACAGAGCUUUGCUAAGACCUGGAAGAUUUGACAGACAUGUUAACAUUGACAAGCCUGAAUUAUCUGGUCGUCAAGCCAUUUUUGAAGUUCAUCUCAAGAAAAUCAAACUGGCUGGUGAUAUCUUUGAUUUGAAGAACAGACUUGCCGCAUUAACCCCAGGGUUUUCCGGUGCUGAUAUCGCCAAUGCAUGUAACGAAGCAGCCUUGAUUGCCGCUAGAAACGAAUCCGAUUCCGUGAAACUGGUACAUUUUGAACAAGCUAUUGAAAGGGUCAUUGGUGGUGUGGAAAGAAACACUAAGCUUUUAUCCCCUGAAGAAAAAAAGAUAGUUGCAUACCACGAAGCUGGUCAUGCUGUUUGUGGUUGGUUUUUGAAAUUUGCUGAUCCUCUUUUGAAGGUGAGUAUCAUUCCUCGUGGUCAAGGUGCCCUAGGUUAUGCUCAAUAUUUGCCCGGUGAUAUCUACUUGCUUUCCGAACAACAACUAAAGGAUAGAAUGACAAUGGCACUUGGUGGUAGGGUUUCUGAAGAAUUACACUUUAGCAGUGUGACCAGUGGUGCAUCUGACGAUCUGAAGAAAGUGACACGUAUGGCAACGGCCAUGGUUACACAAUUAGGUAUGAGUCCCAAGAUUGGCUGGAUAAAUUACCAGAGAAAAGAUGAAAGUGAUUUGACCAAACCAUUUUCCUCGGAAACGGGAGACGUGAUUGAUUCUGAAGUGUUUAGAAUAGUACAAGAGUGUCAUGACAGGUGUACGCAACUUUUGAAAGAGCAGGCUAGUUCGGUUGAGAAGGUGGCUCAACUGCUUCUCGAGAAGGAAGUAUUGACUAGAGAAGAUAUGAUUAGCAUGCUGGGUAAAAGACCUUUCCCAGAGAGAAGCGAUGCCUUUGACAAGUACUUAAACGAAAAUGAGACUAGAAAGAUAGAAGAAAAAGAACAAGAAAAUACUGACGGCGAGAAACCAAAUUCACCAGCUUAA